UCGUAGAUAGGGAGAUUGUCCACGCCAUAGAAAUCAUUCCAGGGAGUAAGACCCCAAGGUGAAGGAUCUAUAGGAUGGCUCCGGCUGAGUUGGACGAACUCCGGCGACAACUGAAAGAGCUGACAGAAAAGGGUUGGAUACGGCCUAGUACUUCCCCCUUCGGAUCUCCAGUGUUGUUUGUACCGAAGAAGGGGGGAUCGUUGAGGAUGUGCAUUGAUUACAGAGGCCUCAAUGCCAUCACAGUGAAGAACGCAGAGCCUCUACCUCGCAUAGACGACCUAUUGGAUAGGGUGCAGGGGUUGCUGGCUCAGGAGGAUGGGAAAAAGUUGAGACCGAUUGAGUAUAUGAGCAAGAAAAUGCCAUCAAAGAAACCGGCAAAGUCCACCUACGAAAGGGAGCUCUAUGCUCUCUAUAAGGCACUUGUCCAUUGGAGGCACUUUCUGUUGGGGCGGUUUUUCCAUUUGAGAACUGACCAUCAGACCCUCAAAUGGAGCAAGACUCAACCUGCUCUUUCUGAUGCACUCAAGCGAUGGAUUGAAGUCAUAGAUGAGUAUAACUUCAAGCUAGAGUAUCUGAAGGGAGAGUACAACAAGGUUGCGGAUGCGCUGUCACGUAGGGCAGACUACCUAGGGGCGCUAGUUUAUGAAUUUGGUGUAUCUGAGGAAGUAACUCAAUCGCUGGUGGGAGCCUAUCUGGAAGACCCUGUCACGAUGGACAUCAUCCGCAAGCUGAGGGCUAAAGACAAGGCCACUGAAGAUGAGUUUGUGAUGGUGGAUGGGUUGCUCUUUCUGAGAAAGGCUGGGAUUGAGAGAUUAGUUGUUCCAUCUAGUGAAAAUUUGCGUAGUUUAUUUCUAGGUGAAUAUCAUGAUGCAACUGGACAUUUUGGCUAUAAAGAAACAAGGGUCAAUCUAGUACAGCGAUUUUGGUGGCCCGGAAUGCUAGAUGACGCAAAGAAAUAUGUGGAGACCUGUCACGUCUGUCAUCGGGACAAGCCGCGAACUCAAGCACCGCUUGGGCUGCUGAAGCCCUUGCCUAUUCCCGCUGGUCCGGGGCAGAGUGUUUCGAUGGAUUUCAUGGACACCUUGGUGACCAGCAGGAGUGGCAAGAGGCACAUCUUUAUCAUCAUAGACCGAUUCACCAAGUAUGCUAGACUGAUUGCCAUGCCAGAGACUGCCAGGACUGAGCACGUCAUCAAGUUGUUUUCGGACAACUGGGUGCGUGAUUUUGGACUGCCAAAGUCAAUCAUUAGUGACAGAGAUGUCCGUUUCACAAGUGAGUUAUGGAAGAAGACUGUUGAGCAAAUGGGCAGUCAACUUCAGAUGACUUCUGGGAAUCAUCCCGAAGCCGAUGGACAAGCCGAACAGAUGAACAGAGUUGUGCAACAUCUGCUGAGGCACUACAUCAAGCCCAACCAGGACGACUGGGAUGAGAAAUUGCCUCUCAUUGCCAGUUUGUACAACAACGUUGUACAGAGCAAUAUCGGCGUCGGUCCUAACCAGCUGCACUUGGGAUGGAAGCCUAGACCAGCGCUGGACUUCCUCAUGCCUGAAAACCGACCCUCUGCAACUCCGGGCACACUUGAGUAUGGUGUGCAGUAUGAGAAGUUGCUGCAGCAAGUUGUCGAGCACAUCAGGAAAUCUCAGGAAGCAAUGAUUGCUUUUGAGAACAAACAUCGUCGACAGUCCACAUUUCAGGCAACCUGUAGUGCCUUGAUUGAUUGCAGAGCGUCUCGCAACUUUAUGAGCCAAGCCUUUAUGGCCCGCGCAGGUCUUGGCCCGCGCGUUCGAAGGAAGACGCAACCUACGCAAGUUACACUUGCGGACGGCCGCACGCAAAAGUCAAUUAACCGAUGCGUUGACGACGUUCCGGUCUACUUUGCGGCACUUGCGUGCGAGCCAGUGUCUUUUGACAUCCUCGACACCAAGUUCGACAUGAUUCUAGGCAUGUCUUGGUUGAGUAGCGCCGAUCAUCCGGUGAACUUCCAUGACCGAACCGUUCACAUCCGUGAUCGGAACGGAGUGUUAGUCCCAUGUACCGUCGCGACCCCUCACACUUCGAUUGCUUGUCACGUGGUUUCCGUUGCGAGAAUUCGCGACGCCAUUGCUCGGAAUGACGUCGAGGAGAUGGGCCUUGUAUUCUUGCAUGCUCUCCCCUCGCCGGACGGACCAGCCGCGUCACCGCCGGACCCACACAUUUCUCACCUCUUGGACGAGUAUAGAGACGUCUUUGAGGCCCCCACCGGAACGGUUCCGGAUCGGCCCAUACGUCACGGGAUCACUCUCGAAGCUGGCGCCAUCCCUCCGCGUGGAUGUAUCUACCGCAUGAGCGAAGAGGAACUCGAGGUGCUUCGCGCACAACUCGAUGAUCUUCUCGACAAGGGCUGGAUUCGCCCUAGUUGCUCGCCAUACGGUGCACCUGUUCUCUUCGUCCGGAAGAARAACAAAGAUCUACGGUUAUGCAUCGACUAUCGGAAACUUAACGCACAAACCGUAAAGAACGCCGACCCUCUCCCUCGGAUUGAUGAUCUCCUUGAGCGGUUAGGCGGCGCGACGUACUUCUCGAAGUUGGAUUUGAAGUCAGGUUACCUUCAGAUUGAAAUCCAACCUCAAGACCGGUACAAGACCGCGUUCAAGACGCGGUAUGGGCAUUUUGAGUGGGUUGUCACGCCAUUUGGCCUCACCAAUGCCCCCGCUACGUUUCAAGCAGCAAUGACGACUGAGUUUCGCGACUUGCUUGAUCGCAGCGUCCUUAUUUACCUUGAUGAUAUUUUGGUCUACAGCAGGACGUUGGACGAGCAUAUCAUACACCUUCGCGUUGUCUUGAAUCGUUUGCGACUAGCCAAGUACAAAGCGAAUCUCGACAAAUGCGAAUUCGCCAAGCAAGAGCUUGAGUACUCGGGCCAUUUUGUCACGCCRAAAGGCAUUCGUCCCUUAGCGGACAAGAUCCAAGCCAUCGUGGAUUGGCCGGAACCCCUUGGACACCGGUUACAUCUGGACUCUGUUAUCUCCGACAUUGGUGACCUUUGGUCCUCGACAUUUUGAUMUUGYUAUAUGACAUUCUGGACUACCAUUUCAGAGACCUAUCAGACUCUAUCUUUGUGACCUAUCGGUGUGAUCUACCUCCCACCUCCUUCGUCUCUCCUCCCACCUUUCAUCUGUGUAUGUGUGUACGGGAUCUGGGWAUCGUCUAUGAAUGACCCAGACCCCACCAUCUCAUGAUUGUACGUGUGCGGAGUGAUGCCAUGUAAGUCAGUUGGUGUGAGUCGGUCUAUGUGAGUCAGUUCAUUAUCAGACUUCCGCUGCAUAAAUGCU